AUGAUGGUGAUGAUGGCCGCGCGAGUCGCUACGGUGACCCGCAUCCCGACUCCGUCCUCGUCCUCAUCGUCGGCCUCUUCCAAGGUCGAUGUUUCUCCCAGGACUCCGAGGCGGCUGAAGGCGCCGACGCUGCCCCAGCCGUCAGCAAUGGUGUCGGCGACGUCCGUUUCUCUCCUUGCGCUCUUCUCCGCGCCCAGCAGCAGCUUCAACGAAGCCAAGGCCUUCACCUUCGCCAGGGAGGAAAUUCUGUCUUCCCUCACCCAGGUCUGUGACCGAAAAGCCCCUUUCCCUUUUUGCAUUCCUCAAAGACGCUUUCUUGAUUUAAAUCUCCCAGCCUUGUGGGUAUGUUUUAUAUUCCUCAUCGCAAUUCCUAGAGGUCAAGAUGGAGUCCCACAUUGGGGGAUUCCUCCGGCCGUAGCUCUGAUUUUUAAUGCCUCUGGUUCUGUCUUGGCGAGGUGUCCCGCCGCACCCCGUUUCUUGCUAUUUUUCGCUCAAGCUGCGAAUGGUUUAAACAGGUAGAGAAUGCACUGGAUAAGGUGGAGGCAGCCACUUUGAAGGCUUCGGAAUUCAUCGAGACUAUUAUUAAGUUUGUAAAUGACACUUUGAAGCCAGCUGGCGAGGUGGUACUGCCAGCAGUGACAAAGGCAGGAGAGGACGCAAUAAACGUUGCCACGCCAGUGGUUUUUAGUGCUUCAGAUCUAGCCAAAGAGGCACUCCUGGGCGCUGGAAUCGAUCCCGCUCCUAUUAUUUCCACCUUUGAGGUUCAUCAUUCUUUCUCUGCCAAGAUUUUUAUUCUAUUGAAUUCUUAACGUACAGCUUGCAAAACACUGUUUUGAAUCAUGUCAUGUGAUUUUUCUUCAUUCAGUUGUGUGUGGACGAUCGAUAUCAUAUUGAAAAUACUUUUCAUUUGCAUGUUUUUUGGAAGGAUAAUGACAGUUAUUAAUGGCUAGAAACAAUGUCAAUCAAUGGAAAAACUGUUUGUCACCCAUCUUACUAGCCCUAACUCCAGGUUAAUAUCAUGAAGAAAAUAGGAUAUUGAAGAAAGAUUUAUCCAAUUAGAUAACCUUUUUUUUCUGGCGCGAUAUUACCUGACAGUGCUUCUUUUGAUCAACAGACAGUUUCUGAAGCAGCAAAACAGUUUGCAAGUGUUGUAGAAGCUGCCAAACCCAUCGCAUCAUCAGCCGUGGACACAAUCUCAUCAACAGAUCCUGCAGUGCUCGGUGCAUCAUCUGGAGGAUUGGCACUUGCUUACUUGCUUUCCCCACCAGUGCUCUCGGCAGUAUCUUCCAAUUUCAGGGGUUACAAAGGUAUACAUCAUUCAAUUCUUGCACAUGCACUUGUGGGAAAGUGAUCUAGAAAUCAGUUAAAGCCUUUGAUAGAUGUUUUGCAUAGCCUGAAUGAUGAUUUUAUAACAUUACCCCAUGGAUGAUAUUUUGAUCAUGUUUAUGGGUACAACUGCAUUAUGCUAUGCUUUCUUGAGACUGUGUGUUCUUCGAUUUUCUUUUUGGAUUCUGUUUCCCAGGUUAGUUAUAUUACGAUGCCUUCUUUGCAAUUUUGAUGCUGAAACAAAUAGUUUAUCUUCUUGUGUUGUCAGAAUAAAAUAAAAAAAAUCGUAUCAAUGUGGAGCUAACCAGGAUGAAAGACCCAAUCGUUAGUAAUUAUGCGAUUAAUUAUGAGUUGGGUCUUAAUGGACCUUUUGCCUGGUUAUUAUUGGUUGAAUUUGAUUUAAUUUGUGAAAUAUAUUUUCUUAUCAAAACAUGCCUUUUGAAACAUUCGGAGGUGAUUACAAAUUGCAGAAAACCCAUGAUUUUUUUUACUACUGAAGAUAUCUUGGCCAAUAAUUGUCACUAGUGAAGAUCUCUUAUAUGAUCAGUAGGCUAGAAAAAGUUAUGGGCCAGUUAUUACUUGUCAGAAAAUCAUGUGAUCACUUAUGAAAUGGGUUUCCCAGAUAUUAUUGUUCGAAUUCGGUCAAUUUUGUGGAACAUAUAUUCUAUCAACCUAAUUUCUUAGAGAUCCAAUUUUGACUGCACAUGGCAGAAAAACCAUGGUUUUUACUAUGAUUUCAUUGGCUUAUUUGAGGAAAUUCAAAUUCUCCUUCCCGAAAAUUGAAGGAAACGCUGCCACUAUAUGUGAGGGUCAUUGAUGUUCUGCUUUCUUUAGGUGACCUCAGCCCGGCCCAAACUUUGGACCUGGUUUCCUCCCAACAAUAUCUCCUGAUUGACAUAAGGUCGGAGGACGACAAGGCCAAGGCUGGUGUUCCUCGCCUUCCUUCCAGCGCGAAGAACCAGCUGAUCUCAAUACCGUACAUGAUUUUACCGAGCAUGAAUUAUCUCCUUAUUUCUCAUCAUCCGUGAGUGGAUAAGGAUCACAAUAAAUCUUUGUUUCACCAGUCUGGAACAACUCCCGAGCAAGACAAGGAACAUAGUUCGAGAUGCGAAGAAGGCGGAGGCGGAUAUUGCUGCACUGAAGAUCUCUUAUCUCAAAGGAAUCAACAAAGGUUCAAACAUCGUGAUCAUGGAUUCGUGAGUCUUCUUGCCCCAUUAGCCCAUUUUUACCUUCCAGAAAAAGAAAAAAAAUAAAAAUCAUAUGUUCUAAUUCUGCUGCCCGUCUCUGCUUCCCUCAAUUGGAUUCCAUGGAGGAUGAGAAGUAGCCUACUUCUAUCAUCUUAAGAAAAGUAAAAAAAAAUAAAAUGCAAAAAAAUAAAAAAAUCUAAUACCUCUGGCAUUCUCUUCUUCUCUUACUUGGAAUCCAUGGAGGAUAACAGCUAGCCCAUAUUUGGAACCCAUGGAGGAUGAGAGGCAGCCUAUUUUAUCAUCUAAAAAAAUUAUUAUUUUCUAUUCUAACCCCAUUUAAUUAUUUAAAAAAUGGAGGAUGGGGAACCGAUUUCAUGGAAACUCUGGGAUCUGAUCUCUUCCUUGUGGAUGCGAAGGUACUCUGAUUCUGCGAAGAUUGUGGCGAAGACAUUGACGAGCCUCGGAUUCGGGAACUGCUGGGUUAUGUCGGAUGGCUUCUCAGGGGGCAAAGGGUGGCUUCAGAGCCGCCUGGGCUCAGAUUCAUACGACACCUCCGUUGUGGAAGUCCUCUCGCCCUCUCGGAUUAUCUCCGCCGCUAGAUCUUUCGGGACCACCGGCUCCACGCAAUCCAGUGGGAAUCUCCUCCCUGGGAGUGUUGAUAGUUGA